AUGCUACGAUAUCUGUUGUCCCUUCAACUGCUACCACUUCAACUGCCACCUCUUCAACCAUUACCACUUCAACUGCCACCUCUUCAACUGUCACCACUUCAACUGCCACCUCUUCAACUGUCACCACUGGCCACCUCUUCAAUCAUUACCACUUCAACUGCCACCCUUCGCCAUUAUCACUUCUGCCACCUCUUGUCACCACUUCAACUGCCACCUCUUCAACUGUCACCACUUCAACUGCCACCUCUUCAACCAUUACCACUUCAACUGCCACCUCUUCAACCAUUACCACUUCAACUGCCACCUCUUCAACUGUCACCACUUCAAUUGCCACUUCAAUCACCACCUUCAACUGCCACCUCUUUCAACUGUCACCAAUCUUCAACUGCCACCUCUUCAAUCAUUACCACUUCAACUGCCACCUCUUCAACCAUUACCACUUCAACUGCCACCUCUUCAACUGUCACCACUUCAAUUGCCACCUCUUCAACUGUCACCACUUCAACUGCCACCUCUUCAAUCAUUACCACUUCAACUGCCACCUCUUCAACCAUUUCAACCACCUCUGCAAACUUGCCACCUCUUCAACUGUCAACCACUUCAACUGCCACCUCUUCAACCAUUACCCACUUCAACUGCCACCUCUUCAACUGUCACCACUUCAAUUGCCACCUCUUCAACUUUUCAACUGCCACCUCUUCAACCAUUACCACUUCAACUGCCACCAAUCAUUACCACUUCAACUGCCACCUCUUCAACCAUUACCACUUUGCCACCUCUUCAACCUUACCUUCAAAUUGCAACUGUCACCACUUCAAUACCACCUCUUCAACUGAAACCUCUUCAAUCCACCUCUUUCAUUAA